AUGCCACGGCCAUUGUCACACCGCGCCAACGCCGUGACAUUUGCCACGGCCAUGCCACACCUGCCCCUGGAUCCGGUGCCAGGUGACGCCGAGGCUCGGCUGGCCCAGCUGGAGCAAGCGUCACAGGCGCUGCUGGCCGAGCUGGCGGCGCUGGACACGGAGGUGGAGCUGGAGCAGCGGUGCCAGCAGCGAGCCCAGGCCUUCCCUGCCCAGGGGGGCACAGGGACGGGUCCCCAAAAUUGUCCCUUCGUGGGGACAAAGGUGAAGCAGGAGCACGUGCAGCUGGAGAGGCUGAGCCUGGCCAGGACCCCUGAGGUGACCCCAGAGCCAGUGGCACCCACGGAGCUGCCCCCAGAGGAGCACCCAACACCCACCCCUGCCCCAGCCCCCCAGGAUCUCUCCCAGCUCCUGGAUCAGCACCGGGAUCUCCAGGAGCAGCUGCAGCACCUGCACACCCAGCUGGAGCUGGAGCGGGAGGAGCAGCAGCGCCUGCGGGCGGCCCUGGGCGCCAGCCAGAGAGCGCUGAGGUCCUUCAAGAGAGUGUCCCAGAUUGUCACCCAGGAUUACUGCCAGGCCCUGGAGCAGCUGGAGCUGGAGCAGGACCUGCGCUGCCACGCCGAGGCCUUCGCCCACCAGAUGCUGGUGCAGCAGAAGGAGGCGAAGCGCCAGAGCUCCAUCCUGCUCAGGAGCGCCGGGCCCGAUUCCCAAAUCCUGGAAGCGCUCCAGGAACUGGGAAAACUCAGCCGGGAGCUGGAGGAGACGCGGCGGGAGCGGCGGCAGCGGGAGAAGGAGCUGGAGGAGCAGCUGGAGGAGCAGCGGGAGCAGCUGGAUCGAGCCCGGGCGGAGCUGGAGGAGGAGCGGGAGGAGAAGCGGGAGCUGAGGGAGAGGCUGGAAGGGCUGGAAAAGGAAGUGGGAUCCCUCCGGGAGCAGCUGACGUCACCUCAGAGCCACCCCGAGGUGCCACCGCCGCCACCGCUGCCACCGCCCGCUGCCACCGCUGUCCCCGCCGACCCCCUGGCCACCCUCAGGAAGAGGAAGGCGCCGAAAAACCGGGAGAGAAGUGACCCCGGCACCGAGGACAUCCGAGCCAGGGCCGUGCAGGAGAUGCUGGAGCGGAUCCGCACCGGGAUCGUCCUGAGGCCGGCGCGGGAGCGGCCACACCUGCGCCAGGAUUCCGUGGCCAGCAAGAGGCGGAGCGCGGCGCUGGAGCUGCAGGGGAUCCUGGGCGCCCCGCGCAGGCCGAGCCGCCGGCGCAGCGGGAGGAGCCGGGACCCGCAGCGGGCAGAGCUGGGAGCGAUCCUGGAGCGGCGGCGGCGGGCGCUGGACGCUUCCCUGGGAGAGAAUUCCACGGGGAACAAUUCCACGGGGAACAAUUCCAUCGGGAAUUCCACCGACGGAGCUGGGAAGAGGCUGGACACGGGAAACCGGGACACGGACACGGACACGGACAGGGACAAGGACACGGACAGGGACACGGACAGGGACAAGGACAGUGUCCCCUUCCGGCCCCGGGGCCUUGGUGGCCUCCCCAGGACGCGUCCCCUCCCCCGCCGGGACAGGGACAGCGCCUAGGAGCCACUUCUGGGGU